GCCUUUCUCUGUCCCUCUAUAUACCAGUGAAUCAAUACAGGGAAGAGGAGCAACAAGCGAAGAUAUUGGAGUGAUGGAGAGCAAGCAGAAGCAGGAGGUCUGAUAUAUCUCUAAGCAAGAGGGAUGACUCAGGUGCCUGCUGACCACCUGUCAACCACCAGCUCCUACAACUAUGAGCAGCCCCUUCCCUCCGUGGCUCGGACAAACACGGUCACCAAGGUACCCACAGCCAAAAAAAUAACCUUCUUCAAGAGUGGAGAUCCUCAAUUUGCAGGAGUCAAGAUGGCCAUCAACCAGCGAAGGUUCAAGAGCUUCAAUGCACUCAUGGAUGACCUCUCUCAUCGGGUCCCACUGCCAUUUGGGGUACGGACCAUCACCACCCCACGAGGAAUACAUUGCAUCAGUGAGCUGGACCAGCUGGAGGAUGGAGGAUGUUACCUUUGCUCUGACAAGAAGUAUGUCAAACCUAUCAGCAUUCCUUCUGGGGGACACAGGCCAGCCCCCCCGCGAGGCGGUCGUCCCUCCAGCGCCAUGAGAAGAGCAGCUCAGGAGAACAAACCUGAAGAUUAUUCCACACCUUUCACUCAGCAUGGCCCCAGAAUACCCAAGAAAAUCACUCUAGUUAAGAAUGGAGAAAGUGGGUUUCGACGCUCAAUUAUCCUGAACCGCAGAAAUGCCAGGAGUUUCAGAACUCUCCUGGAUGAGAUUUCAGAGAUCCUGCAGUUCCCAGUGAAGAAGCUCUACACUGUUGAUGGCAAGAAGAUUGACAGCAUGCAGGCUCUGCUUCACUGCCCCAAUGUGCUGGUGUGUGUCGGCCGGGAGCCGUUUAAACCUGUAUCGAUGGAGAAUUUGAGGAAACACUCAGUGGAGAAGCUGCCUGACCUGGCUCCCCGUUCCAAUGGCAACAAUGUCAAUGAAAACAAUGAAAUGAACUUUGGACUGAAAACCAAAAAGAGUGUUAUCCAUCCGCGGUCAGCAUCAAGCAAUAGGUCAAUGAGAUUUUCUUUGUCAUCAGAAAAGUCAUACUCUAAUGGUCUUGCUACCUCACCGGAUAAUAGCGCACCUUUCUCAAAUAGUUUCUCACAUUCAAAACCUGGGGACCUCGUCCAUUCCUUUGUCAAUGACGACAUAGAAAAACGGGUACACGUGAACAAGGAUGGUAGCCUGUCCGUUGAGAUGAAAGUCCGCUUCCGCUUGCUAAAUGAUGAGACUUUGCAGUGGUCCACACAGAUCAAAAAAUCCAAUCUGAUGAACCAGAUGCCUUGUGAAGAGUCGGGUGUAGAGGAGGUCAGUGGAGUAGACCCCAUACAGCAAAUGAACCCAGAAGCCAGCUCGGAGGCAGAUGAGUCAUUAUAUCCUGGUGAUAUUGAUUCUUACAUGUCAAAACUUGAGGAAUCAGAAUGUGAUGAGUUUCAUUGUCAUAGCUGUGGAAAGAAACACCAGGAUUAUGACAUUUGGAAGAACCCCAUGCACACAUCCCAGAGGGAAGAGCCCAGUGUACGCAGCACCUGGCAUACGCGGUCGUCAUGUUCCAGCACGUCUUCCCGGAGAAGAGUGGUCCACAAAAAAAUGGCUUCUGUGGAUAGCCUCCAGACCACGUCCAGUGAGGAAUUCUCUGAGCACUUUGUGCAAGAGUCCUCAUCCUACUCAGAGACUAUAGAGAACAGAGUGGCAUAUAGAUCCAUUAAAAAGUGUACGUGUCAAAGUGAAUUGUCUACAGGUCUUUCUAAUGGAGAAGACAGGCAAGAAUACACUCGGACAAGCACAAGCAAUAGUCAGAGACCUUCAUCCUUGGGUUUAAUGUCACGUUCAAGCUGUGAGAACAACCUGGAUACUCCAGAUGCCCCCGAAGACCAUGACACCAGCAAAACCAAUUCACAAAAUGAAGAUGAAAAUUGUUUUGAAGUUUCCUCCGUGAAGUGCUUCAAGCAUGAUGUGGAAGAGGUUGGAAGCAGCAGAGUUGGAAGUGUCAUGUCAAGGUCAUCUCUGCAGUCCAGACAGAGCAAGAAGAAUGUAUGUGAGGAAACAAGCAGCAUGGGCAGGAGCAUGUCUUCCUCAAGCCUUCAGAAGGCAAAUCAAGAAUAUAACGCUGGGUGCUCGACUCCUGCCAACAGUGUGUACAGCAAGUCUAGUAACUAUACCAAGACGAGAGCAAAGAGUGAAAGGGAUGACCACUCUGAUGACAAUGCAGUGGUCUCCUCCUUCUCCAGUGAGUCCUGUCCUAAGAAAGAGAUUGAAGAGGUUGAAGCGGAACAAGAAGAAAAGGAAGCCAAUGAAGUCAGCUCUGUGUCAGCAAAAACAAAGCCCAGCCAAUCAGUUAGAGAUGAGAGUAGUGAAGGUGAAGGAUGCUCUACAAAAGAAUCCACCUAUUCCAGAGCUAGUGGCAGGAACAGCAAGAGAAGCGACAGGGAUGGGAGCAUUCCGUGCAAUGCCUCUCGCUCUUCCAGAGGAUCCAAAAAGAGCAAACACAGCGAUACUCCUUUGGAUGUACAGUCUGAAAUGUCUGUGUCUUCGCUUGAAUCCACGCUGAAUAAAAAGAAUUCCUUACAUACAGACGAUCUGAAAUCAUGCAGCAGGGCAUCUAAUUACUCCAAAAGCUCAUGUGAAAUCAAGAAGAAAUCUAUUGGAGACCCCAUGUCUCAUACCUCAGGAUCUUUUCACUCAAACAUUUCAUCUGCUAGUGAAGCAGAGGCAAUUGCAGCUUAUACUGAUGAGAAAAGCUUGAAAAGUGCCACCAGUGGCUACAGUGAAUCUUCAAAAGGCUCAAAGAAGAGAAACCAUAGAGUAGAAAAUAGCAAGCCAUCAUCCAUCUGCUCAAGUGUUUCAAACCCUAAUGCAAAAGCUGGAGAGGUCCAUCCCAAGAUUAAGUCAGAGGCCCCUUCUUCAAGACAAGGAAGUAUGAGUGAGAGCGUAUGUUCAGGAGUUGACCACUCAACUGAGGCUGGGAUUAGGAAUGGAAAUCCUGAGAGUGUCUCUUCAAGAGUCUCUUCGAAGUCAGAAGUAAGAGAUAAAUGUUUGUUGACACAGAUAUCCCAGGGAAGUGAUGAUAGGUGUUCACAAUCAAACAUAUCUCAAUCUUCAAAAUCAAGGCAGAUAAAAACUAGGAAUCUUCAUGUGAAGAUUUCAAACUGCAGUCAAGCAUCAUUGUCUGAGACUUUGUCAGUAUGUAGUUUGCAUUGCCCCACCCCACCAAAAGGAAAGCCAAACAGCAAAAAAAUACGUUCAACCAUGUUGAAGAAUUCCUCCGUUAGCAGCAUAGGUACUGAGUCAAUGCUAACCACAGGAAGAGAGCAGAAAGAAAUUUUAGAUUCCUCUCAAGCAACUUCCUAUGGAUCUAAAUCAGUUGCAACUGAAAUAAAUGAUCAGAAGAAUAAAGAAAUUGAUGGUUCUUGCAGCAGAAAAGUAGAGGAAGAGUUAGAAGGCACAGACAUGCAGGAGGAAGGGAAUGAUUUAAUGCCAUCUGUUCUACCAAAUACAUCUCCAGAAGAAGUUGUGCAAGAAUGGCUAAGUAAAAUCCCUUCAGAAGCAUUGCUUCUGAAAUACGAAAUGGAGGAUGAUGCAGAAGAGGAACACAUAAAGGCAACCGCUGAGGUAUCACGCUGUGAAAAUGCUGAGGAAAUCUCAGAGGAUGAAAAAGCUGAUAAAAAGAAUGUGGAGGAGGAUAAAAACAAAGCAAAGGAUGAAGUAGAAAAAGAGACAGCAGAAGACACUGCUGUUAAUGAAAAGGCUGAAGAAUGCAUGAAGCAGGAACAAAUCUCUGAGGCUGUGUCCAAAGAUGCCAAAGCUGACCAGGCAGAAUGCAGCCAGUCAGUUACAUCCAGCCAAAACAACAGAAGAGACCUGCCAACCUCUGUCCAGACUUCUGUCCAGAUCAUGAAGGCCUUGCUCAGUUCAAAACAUGAAAUAAAAUUUGACCGAUCAAACAGUUUGCCUGAAGUGUCCCCCACUAUGGGCAGAAAAAUGAGUAACUCUGCCAACGUAUUGAUUACUUGUCUUGCCAGCCUCCAACUCCUUGAUGAAGAGUCAGAAGGUCCGUCAGAUAAACCAAAAUAUUUGAAUAAAACAAGGUAUAUUGAGCUGCUAAAUAUUUUUCAAGACCUGUGGUUUGGAUGCACAGCUGAAAAAUGUGGUCCAAGCUCAGGCCAGGAGGCAAGUGAGCAGGCAAAGACAGCCUCUGGUUUUAAAGUCCCAAAAUCUGUAGGUUAUGGCUUCACUCCCAUGUCCUCCUCUGGGGUUGAUGUUAGCAGUGGUUCUGGUGGCUCAGGAGAAGAAAGUACAGCUGGUGCCAGGGACAGCACUUUAAUGGCACAGAAACCUGUUGAAUUUAAAUCAGCUGGACAAGUGGAAAAUGUAAUGACUGGCAGUGAAUUGACUGAGGCUGAGGAGCAAAGUAAAAAAGAAGUGCAGCCAUUCCGACCUUCAAAGGCAUCCUCAAAAUCCAAAGGCGAGAAAAAAGUACAGUCUACUAGAGAGGACUUGCUAAUUCAGGAGGCAGAAGAGAAUAAGGAGGCUCGGUGCAGUAAGUGUGAAAACGAUCAGAAGGAAGGGAAGGCAAAUAAAAAUACAGAAAACAGCAACUUACUUGAAAAUGGAGAACAAGAAGUUGAAGGUGUGAAUGAUGAGCUCCCAAAAGAAAAUCUUGAAGGGGAAGACGAUCAGCUCGCCACUACUAAUGAUACAAAUGUCAAUGAUACCGAUUGUGGGACAGAACUGAAAGCUGAUUUGGCAGAGCAGCUUGAAAAAGAGUCUGCAUGUGAUCCAGAGCUCAAAGUCGAUACUGCCACCACUGUGGGCACAUCCCUUGCUCAGCAAAACUCAGCAGAUCCAACCUGGAUCCUAAGACUGCUCAAGAAAAUCGAGAAGGAGUUCAUGGCUCACUAUGUCAGUGCCAUGAAUGAGUUCAAGGUCAGGUGGAACCUGCAGAACAACCAGCAGACGGAUGAAAUGAUACUGGAGCUGAAGGAGGAAGUGAGUAAAAGGAUACAAAAAAGCAUAGAGAAGGAGCUGAGGAAGAUCAAAAGCAUCACAGGGAAGAAGACACCAAGACCUCCGGAUGAACCACUCAGGCGUGAGUCAACACUCCAAACUGAGCAGAGGAGACGGCGAUUGCAAACUAUGCAUAAAAAGUCACUCUUCAGUGACAAGAAUGGAACUCAGACUAGGCAAGAGGACUCAACAGACUUAUCAUUUGAUAUAGAUGAAGAUACAGUAUUUAGUGCAGCUUUUGAGGCCAGUAUUAAUACACAAACAAGUGAGGAGGAAUACUGUCCAUGUGACUCUUGUGUGAGGAAAAAAUUGGCUUCCAAGCCCACAAGAAAACCAGUGGUGGCCAGCAAUGCCCCAGUCAUGAAAGCAUUUGAUUUACAGAAAAUCUUGAAAUUGAAGAAAAAUGAUGAGGAAACCUGUGUCUCAGAAGCAGCCCAGGAUAUCAGAACAAUUCCCAGAAGUUCUGUGGAGGAAGCAGCAGAAAAUGGAAAUCCAAAUGAGGAAAAUGUUGAGGGUGAACUCCGGCCAAGUGAUGAAGUGGAAGUGAAGGGCAAUGAAGUGGGCAGGUCAAUGCUGAACAGAGAUGGAGAAGAAACUGAAAUAUCGGAGAGUCAAAACUGUGAGGUGGAGGAUGAGGUUAAAGAUGAAGAAACCGAAGAAGAAGAAAAGGAAGAAGCAGAAGCGGGGGAAGAAACAAAAGAGAAAGAAGAAGAGGAAGAAAACGAUGAAGGGGAAGAGAAAGAGGAGGAAGAAAUAAUGAAGGCAGAAGAAGAGGAUGAAGAACAAGAAGAAGAAACUCAAAAUGAAGAGCAGGAAGUUGAAGAGAAGCCUCAAGCUGAAGAUGAAGCUGACAUUGAAGCUGAAGAAGCAGGGGAGCCAGAGGAUAAGGACAUUGAAGAUGAUGAUGAGGAAGAGGCAUCCAAAUGCAGAGGAGCUGCUGAUGGCUCUGGACCUGACAACAGUCCUGCAGGAGAUGCCGCGGAAGGAAGUGAAGAAGUUGAGCAGGAUGAAGCUGAGGCAGUGGAAGAUGAAAAUCCAGGAUCAGAAAAUGAGGCAGGUGCAGCUGAGGAGGAAGACAACAGUGAAGGUGGUGACAAAUAUGACGAGAAACCUACCAGUGAUGACCCUGGCAAGGCACAUGAAGAAGAUGAAGACAAAAGCAACAAGGUUUCUGAGAGCGCCUCAAAGGCCACGGGCAGAAGAAAAAGCAAAAUGCUAGAGGGUCCAAACAAAGAAACCAUCUUUUCGUGCUCUUCUUCUAUAGGAAACUUGUCCCAGCAAUCCCAGAAGGGGUCUGAAGAUGAAGGUGAAGAUGAAUGCGAAGAUGACAACAACCCCGCGAGCAACCAUUCCAAUGGAGGCGUUCAAAGUGAUGGGAGCAGCAAACCCUCACAGAUGUAUCCUGACAGCGAGGAGGAAGAAGAGGACAAAGCAUCUUCAUGUACUGAUCCCCUGGGAGAUGAGGACCAGGCAGAUGCUGAAGGUGCAGACCCAAAGGAGGUCGAGCAUGCUGAUGAAGUUCAGGCUUCUAAAAAGAAUGAAGGCUCUGAUGAGAUUGAGGAGGAGGACCUGGACUUCUAG